UUUGCAAUCAUCGACAGCUGACGGUCAGAGUGAUGUGAGACGGCCGCCGAGUCGUUGACGAGGUCGUUGAGCAUGGCUCCUGGGCCCAACACGGACGUGGCGGUGCUGGAGCCCCCAGCCUGCGCCUGGCUGGGCGGCUACACCAAGGGCACGGUGACGCUGGGCGAGCUCGGGCCGGCCGGAGCCGGACCCGCCGCCCGGGGCGUGUCGGCCGCCCCCGAGACCUCCACCGCCGACAGCUCUAUCAGCGACACCCGCUUCAAGCGAUUUGUGCGAAAGAUUCGGCACAGCCUGUGCGAGCUGAGGCACAAUAGAGAUGGCAACAAGGUGACGAGUGUGGUGGCCACACCUGGCCCGGCUUCACAAAAUGACCGGCCUCAGGAAGUGUCAUACACAGAUUUGAAGGUCAUUGGAAAUGGCAGCUUUGGUGUUGUGUUCCAGGCCAAGCUUGUCGACACAGACGAGCUUGUCGCCAUCAAGAAAGUGCUCCAGGAUAAAAGAUUCAAGAAUCGGGAGCUUCAGAUAAUGAGACGACUUCAGCACUGCAACAUAGUCAAACUGAAGUAUUUUUUCUACUCUGGUGGAGAAAAGAAAGAUGAAGUUUACUUGAAUCUAGUACUGGAGUACAUCCCAGAAACAGUGUACAAAGUGGCGAGGCACUACAGUAAAUCAAAGCAAUAUGUACCUAUUAGUUAUAUUAAGUUGUACAUGUAUCAACUAUUCCGAAGUCUGGCAUACAUCCACUCCUUGGGAAUUUGUCACCGAGAUAUAAAGCCACAGAACCUCUUAUUGGAUCCUCAAUCUGGCGUUCUUAAGCUUUGUGACUUUGGAAGUGCCAAACAUCUUGUAGAAGGCGAGCCAAAUGUUUCCUACAUCUGCUCUCGCUAUUAUCGUGCUCCUGAACUUAUUUUCGGUGCAACAGAUUACACAACAAAAAUUGAUGUAUGGAGCGCUGGUUGUGUUUUGGCCGAACUUUUGAUGGGACAACCAAUUUUCCCUGGAGACUCAGGAGUUGAUCAACUUGUCGAAAUUAUCAAAAUUUUGGGUACGCCAACAAGGGAGCAGAUUGUAGAAAUGAACCCAAAUUACACAGAGUUCAAAUUCCCACAGAUUGUCUCACACCCUUGGCAUAAGGUUUUUAAGCAGGGCACAUCUCCGGAGGCUAUGGACUUGGUAGCCCGACUUUUGGAGUACACUCCAGCAGCUCGCAUUUCUCCCCUGCAAGCAUGUGCUCACAGGUUCUUCGAUGAACUACGUGACCCUAUCACCAAACUGCCCAAUGGUUGUCCUUUGCCUCCGCUCUUCAAUUUCACAGAGCAGGAGCUAAGCAUGGAUCCUGCUCUGGCCUCCCGUCUCAUUCCUGAACAUGUAAGGAAUGAUCAGGCAACAACUGAUGAACUUAAUUUGCCUUCAACGUCAUCACAGCAGCCUAGCCCUUCAAAUGCAUCCUCAAGCUUACCAUCAACUAGUGCCACUCCAGCUGCUUCAGAAACCACAGAUGCGGCCAACUUCAAGGCAACAUCGAGCGGCAAUGCAAACAGCAGCACAGCCAAUGCUGUAGUGGCAUCAUCAACUGGAAUGAACUGAUGUCUCAGCCCAACAUCUUUUAAUUUUUAUGGCAAAGUAUGAAUGAUGUGUGAUUUUUAUAUAUAACAUAUAUACAUACAUACACACAUGUACACAUACAUGGCUGAACAGUUCAUGUACAUGUGUACAUUUAAUGCAGACAUUGUCCACACUAACCCUCACAAUUGCAGAUUCUAAAUAUGUGUGCAGGGGUCAGAAUGGUUACUGGUUGAGUCAAAAAGUAAUUGCCAUGUUUAGCAUUUAAAUUUCAUAGCUGUUUUAAGAGGGGCUGUGGCAGGGUUCCCAGUGAUAAUGGUGCAAUAGGCUUUAUAUAAGGAACAGGUUUCCACUUUGGGAUGCAUGUGUUGAUCAUGUGAAUAUUCUACAGUGUAAUUCCUGCGGGUAUUGGUGUAGUAACAUCAUUCAAACACUUUUGGUUGCUUAUUAGUGUAUGAAAAAUUAUAUGUUUUGGAAUUAUUUGGAAGCUAUAUGGAUCAUGUACAUAUAAAUAUCAACAUUAAUGCUUAGUAUACAGUUUGAGUUAUAAAGGCAGUAGUAUGAUCCAUCUUUUUUUUCUUUUUUCUUAUUGUUUUUUAACGAUUGCAAGAAAUUACACUCAUUUUAUUAUAACAUCAUCACCACUUAUGGCUCAACAUCACAUGGGAAAUUCUAUGAAUCUUUCUUAUUUAGCUAAAUAAGAUUGUUGGGGUAAAAUUAGACUCUCAAAGCUGUGUGAAAAUGCAGGUUCUUAUUUCCUACAAGCAUUUUUGAACAUUUGACCUCAAUUUCUUGCAGUGACCUGUUAUGGUAGAUCCCUGGAUAAGGUUAGAUAAUUUUACAGACAGUAAUGGUUGGAAGCAAGUACCUAAAUUUAUUGUAAAGCUCAAAGGAACAGCAUGCUAUGAACCCUGGAACAUGUGCAAUAAUUUUACUCUUUAGAAACUGUAUCGGUUUUAAUUCCCAUUUUACCUGGCUUUUCAUGAUAUGCAUGCACAAGACAUUGUAAUGUGAAGUCUUGGUUAGGAAUGAGAGGUGUUUGGUUUUGCGCGAGUAACAGCCUCUCUUCUGUUUUGUUUUUUUACAGCGAAUUGAAAUUUGUCCCAUUGACAGUUUGAAGUACUCUGUAAGAAAAUAAUUGCUGUAUUUUAAUCAUUUGCAUUUACUUGUUUAUACUUUACAAUUUUUUCUUCCUGUUUUGAUGUUCUUGAUCACACAAGUAGAAAAUUAACAGUUUCUUUGGACUUAUUUAUCAUAUCACUGCUUUAUGGGGUUACUAAAUCUAGUAGAAACAUAUUACAGUAAUGUGCAGUCUCUUUGGUUUGCAUUUAGCCUUGUUCUUGUAGAUAAAAUUUGUGAAAUGUAAUGUUUAAAAACCUUGACUCCCUAGGUGUGUUAUAUUUCAUGAACCAGUGCUGAGUGGUAUAAUUAUCCUUUCAGUCUAAUUGUUAUAACUAUCUGAGGAAUAAAUCAGAGUUUGUUGGCUAGUGUGCAAAGAUAUUGGUGGAAGACAACUUCUAAUAACUUUUUUGUUUUACCAAUAUUUGUAACUUUGCAUUAUGUAAUAAGUCCAGAAGCUAGACUGAAUUGCUUCUUUACGUACAAUAGAUUUGACCCUCAUUCUGAUUCAUUAGAACCUUGGAAUAAUGUAUCAUUUAAUAUACUAGUUCAUAAUUUUAAUUUUGUUGUGCCAGUUACAGUUUGAAUGUUUGAUACCUUAAGAGUUCAUCCCAGUUGGUUUUUUAGGUCCACUGUUUUUUUGUUGUUUUUUUUUUUCUUUUUGUCCUCAAAAUUAGACACUGGUUGGGCAGUAAGACACAAUAGGAGAUGAGGGCUGGGUUUGUAUUGCUUUGACCUUGAAAGUAGUCAGUCAUUGAUCUCAGAGCCAUUUUCUGGGAGAGAUCGAUCCCAGAAACAAUGACCAGCCUAGAAAGUGAAAACCAGUGAUAACUGGAAUCAAUAUCCUGUAAAGUAAAAUAUUCCAAAAGGAAAUGAUAGGGACCCUUAAACCGUUUGGUAAACAUGUUAUUUAUGAACUUUUUUUUUAUUUAAUCAUUGUUUAUUUGUAUAUAUAAAUAAUUCUGGUUUUGACUUGCUGUGUGUCCCUCCUGUACAUACAAUUUUAAGGAUUUGGAUUAGCUCAUGUUUUAGACUAAAUUCAAACAUGAUUUUGGUUAAUCAUGAUGCAAUGAAGUAUCUUCUCUUGGUUCUACUUUCUUUUUUUUAAUAAACACUGGUAGUACAGUAA